UUGCAAAGAAACUGCAAAUUUUUGCUGCCAGGUGGUAACGUCUUGAACUUCAUACACGUGCAGUCGAACAAGAAAGAUAAUCAAAAUGAGUGAUGAUGAGUCCACUGAUGGUUUGGAGGAUCUGCAAGAGCUGAUGGCAAUCUAUGGAAACUAUGACAAGUCCAAAAAAACUGGGCGGACAACGCACAAAGUUGAAGACGAAGAUGUAGAUGAGGAAGAUGAGAAGGAGGAGAAAGCUGAAACUGGAUAUGUGGAGGUGCCAAUGGAAAAAGUGAUAUUCGGCGAUAAGCAAGCGUUCUUGGCAAAUCUGGCAAAAUCGGUGGGCAAAAAGCGACCAAUGCAACAACAACAGCGAAACAACAAAGAUAGCGAAGACGACGGCAAAGAGGAAACGCCAAAGAAACACAAAGCGGCUUGGACAGACUCCGAUGAUGAGGAGCUGGAGGUGGGCGAAGUGAAGCGUCAGACACGUCAUACAGGACCUAUAAAUCAUUUGCGCAAGGAUAAAUCCUACAAGGAAUAUUUAACAGCGCGCUUUCAGCGCACCACAAAUCAACCAAAAUGGGCAACGCUGCAGGCGCAGGAGACAGCCAAUAGCGAUGAUGCGGACUCCGAUAACUCCGAUGUGGAUGAGCCGCUGCUCAAAACUGUGGGUUUUAUCGAUCACAGCGCCAAGUUGCGCGAGCUGCGCGCGAAGAGUUUGCAAUUUAAACGUUUGCGUGAUUUAAAUCGUGCCACUUACAGUGAGGGAGUUGUGACCAGCGUGCAGUUUCAUCCGACAUCUACGGCAGCCCUGGUAGCAGGGGAGAGCUGCCUGGCAACGAUUUACAGCGUGGAUGGCACUAAAAACGAGAAAUUGCACAACAUUAAAUUUCCCAAAUUUCCAUUGACCUGUGCACGCAUCUCUCCGUGCGGCACAAAGGCGUAUUUUGGUUCCAUGAAGCCGUAUUAUUAUGCCUACGAUCUGCUGGAGGCCAAGGAGAUAAAGCUGUUGAUGCCUAAUCGAAUCAAGUCCUCAUCUAUUAAGUUUGAAUUGUCGCCUUGUGGGAAGUAUAUAGCCAUGAUGGGUAAAUUUGGCGCCAUACAUUUAAUGACCGCUCAAAGCAAUGAACUUUUACACAGCUUUAAGCAGGAGGGUCAAUGCCGUGGCAUGAGCUUUACGGCGGACUCGAAGCGUCUCAUUUGCUGCGGCAGCAGCUGUAAUAUAAAUGUACUGUCACUCCGGCAGAAUUGCAUUGAGCACAGCUUCAUCGACGACGGCUGUGUGAAUGGACGAACUUUGUCCUUGUCGCCGAAUCAACGCCUACUUGCCACGGGCAGCAAUGAGGGCGUGGUCAAUGUGUAUGACUAUGAGAGCAUCUACAAGUCGGUCACUCCGCAGCCGAUGAAACGCUUCCUCAAUCUGCGCACUGCAAUUGCCGACCUCAAAUUCAAUCACACUUCUGAAUUGCUGGCCAUGAGUUCACGUCUGGUUCCCAAUGCCCUCAAAUUGGCGCACUUUCCCAGCGCUACGGUCUAUUCCAAUUUCCCCUCGCAAAUGGAUAAUGUGGGCUAUGUGAAUACCAUGGAAUUCUCGCCGCAUAGCGGAUUCCUCGCCAUCGGCAGCAAGGGCAAAAAGGCGCCACUCUAUAGACUUAAAUACUUCAAAAACUACUAACUACACACUUAAUGUUUAUAGGUUUUAUAAUAAACAAAUUAUAAAAUACACA